UCCCUUCCUGAUAGGAAAUGACGGGGUCAUGCCUCUCCUCGUUUUAUUUUUCCGGAUCUAUUCCUCCACACACGGAUUUCCAGCUAAAGAGAAGAGAGCACGUCCUGUACAUUAAGAGUACAUAAAGAGCUGCGAGCAAGCACUCCAUCGUCCCCUUCACUGACUGUGAGGGAAGUGCUACUCCAGAAUGAAAAAGUUCAUCGACAAAGUCCAAGUCAAGCUCGACGGAAGCGGAGGCGGAACCUCCGCCUCUUCGGCCGCACGCAACCCCAUAACACCCCGUCCGCCCUCGACGAGCGAGCCGUCUCGCCGUCAGCUCUUCCUCUACCGUGCUCAGAGCGGUGUCAACCUCGGCAGUCUCUUUUCGCUCGAGGUAUGGCUUACACCAAGCCUAUUCGAGGGUGUCAAGGAUGCCAAGAGCGAGCACGACCUUGUGCGCUCGCUGCCCGCAGACCAAGCCAAACAGCGUCUCGAACGCCACUGGAAGACCUUCGUCGACGAGGGUGACUGGAAUUGGAUGAAGGGCCAAGGGAUCAACACCGUCCGGCUUCCCAUUUCGUACUUUCACUACCUCGCCGGCCAUCCGGAUGAGGCUGUUCGAGGCCUACUGAAAGGCACAGAGUAUGAAGCCUACGCACCAAUCUACGCGGCUGCCUACGGUGCCAUUCAGGACAUCGUUAAGACGGCCAACCGCUUCGACAUGGGCGUCCUCAUCGAUCUUCACGCAGCUCCCGGUGCACAGAAUGCUGACGGGCACUCUGGCCUCUCCCAAGGUGGUCCCCAGUUCUGGACCGGAAGCAAGGCAAAGUGGAACCAGCAACGUACCGUCGAGAUCCUCGUCGCCAUGGCAAGAGACUUUGGGCGGUCCGAAAACGUCGUUGGACUCGAGCUGCUGAAUGAGCCUCAGAAUUCGAACCGAUUGCAAGGCUGGUACGACGAGGCUCUCGGCGCUAUUCGCAAGGAGAGUGAUGCGUCGCUUCCAAUUUACGUCGGCGAUGGCUGGGACACAAACCACUACACUGGCUUCACCAAGCGGCACAACGACUCGAGCAGCGAAGGUGACGGCUUUGUCGUGGUCGACCACCAUCUCUACCGCUGCUUCACAAAGGAACAUCACGACCUGACAGCUUCGCAGCACGCCGAAUCGCUCGAGGGGACCAACCCAACAUCGACGUGGCUUCAGAGGAUGUCCGCCCAGAGCAACAUCUCCAUCAUCAUUGGCGAGUGGAGCGCUGCACUGCACCACACGUCCUUCAAGGGCCAGAACAAGGAAGAGGGCCAGAGCCGCUUUGCCACGGCGCAGCUUCGUGCCUUCCAGCGCAAAUGCUCCGGCCACUUCUUUUGGACGCUCAAGAAGGAGGGUGGCCCCGAUCGCGGCUGGUCCCUCUACUCGGCCGUCGAAGCCACUGUGCUUCCAAAGGGCGGACUUCAACUAAGUCGGCCGGGCGGUGCGGAUGCCUCUCUCGCCGAAAAGGGCACUCAGCUGUGCAAGGAAAAAUACCAAAGCCACCGCACUUACUGGGACUCGCAUGGCGGCAAGGCCGAUGAGCACUGGCGCUACGAAAAGGGCUUCCAGCAGGGCUGGUCCGAUGCCACCUUCUUCUACUCGCGCGCGGGCGCUCCCAUCGGCUUUCGCGGACCGUGGGCCGCGAUGCGCACCGCAGCGCAUGCUUCUGAGAAAGGGGGCAGCCAUGCCUGGGAGUACCAGCACGGCAUGCAGCAGGCCCUCGAGUUUUUUCAGCGCACCAUCGAGGCGUAGACUCUGACCCCAUCGGAUCCUAUAGAUAGCAUUUGCCAUGUUAUAGUUGCUGACUCUCCUUCCCACUAUUCACUCAUCCUCACCGCUUCCUUGCUUUCAUAGCUUACUUCUCAAUCACAUCAUGUCAAGCCAAACGGCUGCGGGCCGGUCCGAAGUC